GGGAAGGGCCGGCUGCAUGUGUCGCCUCAGCCGGUGGUAGCGGUCGGGAGCGGCGGCGGUGGCGGCGCUUACCGAGCGGGUCUUCAGGCUGGUGAGAUGGCUGCAGACGUUGCUGAGGCCACCGUUGCUGACUGCAGAGGAGACCAGAGAAGCAAUCUCAAAUUAGAUGCAGAUUACCCACUCAGAGUCCUCUACUGUGGAGUCUGUUCAUUACCAACAGAGUACUGUGAAUAUAUGCCUGAUGUUGCUAAAUGUAGGCAGUGGUUAGAGAAGAACUUUCCAGAUGAGUUUGCAAAACUUACCGUGGAAAAUUCACCUAAACAAGAAGCAGGAAUUGGAGAAGGUCAAGGAACAGCAGGUGAAGAGGAAGAGAAGAAAAAGCAAAAGAGAGGUGGAAGGGGCCAGAUAAAACAAAAAAAGAAGACAGUUCCACAGAAGGUUACAAUAGCCAAAAUUCCUAGAGCAAAGAAGAAAUAUGUAACAAGAGUGUGUGGUCUUGCGACUUUUGAAAUCGAUCUUAAAGAAGCACAAAGGUUUUUUGCUCAAAAAUUCUCCUGCGGUGCCUCAGUUACAGGGGAGGAUGAAAUCAUCAUUCAGGGAGACUUUACAGAUGACAUUAUUGAUGUAAUUCAGGAGAAGUGGCCAGAGGUGGACGAUGACAGCAUUGAAGAUCUUGGCGAAGUAAAGAAGUGAUUUUUCUUUUGGAAAACUUGCCUGUAAUUUAAAGACAUGAAAUUAAAUUAGAAUUGUUGUAGCCAAAGGGAGGGAAACCUUUAAAAAUAUAUAUUUAUCCUACAGUAAAACUGUAGAUUACCCUAUCCUUGGCAUUUACACUGUUCUGUACAAGGCUGCUUGUUUUUUUAUUAUUGCCAAAGUCUAAUAAACUGGGGGUUCUGUCAUGCACAUGCAUGAAAUAGAGAUUUAGUUAAAUAAAAAAAUUUUGGUCA